GUACUGAAUCAUUCGCUGACGAGAGUAACUCAUAUUGCCCUUAGCUGCCACGAACUGCACUUGUUUUGAAUCCACCAGGAAAACUUUCCAAAAUGGCAAAUCCAAUUACUGUCGUUGUUCUGCUGGCUAUCACUUCAUGCAGACUAGUUCAGAGUGAAAAGGCUGACUUCGAAGAGGACUCAAGAACAUUUAUCUGGCUCUUAGCUGAAGAUUGUCGUACCUCGGAGACUACUAACGAUGAUAUCAAGGCAGUUGUGGAUGACGAAAAGGAUAUGUCUUAUGCCUCGAAAUGCAUUCUAGCUUGCAUUAGCGAACAUUUUGGUUUGUUCACUGAGGACGGCAAAUUCAAUUUUGAUGUUGCUUUCGAAUUUUUCGAUGCUAUGAUUGAAGAUGAUGACGAAAAGAAAGAAAUGAGGGAUCGACUUAUCAAAAAGUGUAAAGAUAUUGAGGAUGAAGAUAAGUGUGAGAGGGCUUACAAAUUGAAUAGGUGCAUGGACGAGGUGGAUAAGGAAUUCCAAGCGGAGGAUUGAUGGACAACACCACAAUUUGGUUUCAGAUGUAGAAUAGUAUAAAUAAAAUUCCACUGCAAAAAUAUAUAUUAUUUUGGGCAGA